AUGAAAGGACUCCUCCUUGUCCUCUCCGCGACGGCGGGUAUUGCCCUGGCUACAUCAGCAGCAUGCACUUCGGAAAACGCCUUAGUAAGGAAAGAAUGGAGAGAGCUCGAGGACGCUGAACGAAAGGACUAUAUCGAAGCGGUUCUAUGCCUUCGCGAUCGCCCGUCUAUCCUAUCCAAUGAGGACUAUCCCGGGGUCCAGGACCGGUGGGAUGAUUUUGUUGCGACUCAUAUCAACUACACGAACACCAUCCAUUUCAACGGGCUUCUGCUUCCGUGGCACCGCCAAUUCGUCUACCUCUGGGAAAAGACACUGCGCGAGGAAUGUGGAUACAACGGCAGCGUACCGUAUUGGAACUGGGCCCUGGACACAGACAACCUACUGGAGAGCCCAGUAUUCGACGGUAGUGCCACCUCACUCUCGGGCAACGGCGCAUUCGAUCCAGACGAGCCGGGGCCCUGCACCCCCGGGGGGAUAUGCUUCCCCCGAGGAACGGGCGGUGGAUGCGUGGAGUCCGGACCAUUCAAGGACUUCGAAGUCCACCUGGGACCAUUUCCUUCCGCUCUCGUUAAGUCCUACGGUGCGAUCCCCGCCGACGCAUGGGACUACAAUCCGCGAUGUUUACACAGAAACCUGCACACGCCUAUGCUGGCCGCGCUGAACAAUCAGACGGUGAUUGAUCGAAUGCAAGCAACUACCAACAUUGUAGAUUGGCUCGCUGUCAUGUCCCCGAGUGACCCUCGAGUGUCGAACCCACAUAGCGGCGGCCACGGUUCUGUAGGAGGUGCCAUGCAUGAUUUCUUCGCGUCGCCUCAGGACCCCUCGUUCAUGUUGCACCAUGCCUUUAUUGAUAGGCUGUGGGCGCAGUGGCAGGAGCAGGAUGAGGAGAAUAGGCGAUAUGCAAUCAAUGGUACUACUAUUAUCUAUGAUCCGCCGGAUGCCCCAUUGGUGACACUUGAUACUCUGGUUGAGUUUGGGACGCUCAGUCCCCCUCGGAAGGUUGAGAAAAUGAUGGAUCCGUCGAAGAAUGGUUAUUGUUAUACCUAUACUUAA